AUGGCACGCGGAAAGGUUUGCUUGGCAUACUCAGGAGGCCUGGACACUUCGGUGAUCCUCGCCUGGUUACUGGAGCAGGGUUAUGAAGUUGUAGCGUUUAUGGCUAAUGUUGGGCAAGAGGAAGAUUUCCAGGCUGCGGAAGAGAAGGCAUUGAAGAUAGGAGCAUCCAAGUUUGUGUGCGUUGACUGCCGUGAGCAGUUCGUGACGGAUGUCUUGUUUCCUGCGGUGCAGGUGAACGCGGUGUACGAAGAUGUUUAUCUACUGGGGACGUCGCUUGCACGGCCCGUGAUUGCCAAGGCACAGAUUGACAUCGCGGAGCAGGAGCAUUGUUUUGCGGUCGCUCACGGAUGCACUGGGAAGGGCAACGAUCAGAUCCGGUUUGAGCUUGCGUUCUACGCGCUGAAGCCAGACGUCCAGGUUAUCGCGCCAUGGCGGGACCCUGCGUUUUUCGACCGGUUUGCAGGUAGAAAUGACUUGCUAGAGUAUGCGGCAGAGAAACAGAUACCUGUUGCGCAGACCAAGGCCAAACCGUGGUCUACCGACGAGAACGAGGCGCAUAUAUCGUACGAGGCUGGAAUUUUGGAGGAUCCCGAUGUCACACCACCGGCAGACAUGUGGAAGCUCACGACAGACCCGCUUCAAGCACCAAGUGAGCCUGAGGACGUGACGUUGGUGUUCAAGGAGGGUGUCCCCACUCAGAUGAUUUACAAGGAUGGAGAGGCGAGCAAACCGUUGGAUAUUUUUCUUGCGGCUUCCAAAGUGGCGCGUAGAAACGGCGUUGGCAGAAUCGACAUCGUGGAAAACCGUUACAUCAACCUGAAGUCGCGUGGCUGCUACGAACAGGCACCACUGACACUCCUGCGCCGGGCCCACGUGGAUCUCGAGGGUCUCACCCUGGACAAAGAAGUUCGGCAUUUGCGUGACCAAUUUGUUACGCCGACUUACUCUCGCCUCCUCUACAAUGGCUCCUACUUUUCUCCGGAAUGCGAGUAUAUCCGUAGCAUGAUUAAGCCAUCCCAAAUUACGGUAAAUGGCCAGGUUCGCUUGAGACUUUACAAGGGUAAUGUCAUUGUGUUGGGCAGGUCCUCGGAAACUGAGAACUUGUAUGAUGCGACGGAGUCCUCCAUGGACGAAUUGACCGGAUUCCAGCCGACUGAUACCACUGGUUUCAUCGCUAUUCAAGCAAUUCGCAUGAAAAAGUACGGUCAAUCCAAGAAGGACAAAGGUGAAUCCCUGACUUUGUAA